GAAACAAUGCCGAGAGCAGUCGUGGAAAUAGACUUCUUCGCCAUGGAGAACGCUCGAUCCUACAGCGCCGUGAAUAGCGACUCCGCCGCAGGCAGUGGAAUCAAUCUGAGCGCCUUCUCCGCGAUCGAUCGGCUUCUCUCUCAGAGAGUGAUUUCCUCACAAGCCGCCUUCGCCGAGAUGCCGCUAACUCAGCCUCAGGCUGAUCGAUUCUUCUCCAAUUGUCCGAUGCCGAUCCCCUCUGUAGAUCCGUCACUCAGGCCGCCGGCGAUGAAGACGGAGAGCAAAUCGGUAACAGCGCCAUUGACGAUCUUUUACGACGGCAAGGUCUCUGUUUUCGAUCUGCCGCGACAUAAGGCGGAAGCUAUAAUGAAGUUUGCGAUGGAAAGCCGCAGCAACGUCGACUACAGUGCCGGGUUAGGUUUAUUGGCGAAAUUUAACCAUGGAUUAUUGCCGCUAGCGCGAAAGAAAUCGUUGCAGCGUUUCCUGGAGAAGCGUAAGCAAAGGAUAAUGGCAGCAGCAGCAGCAGCAGGUCCCUAG